AUGAAAUGCACUUCAUACUCAUUAAUAUUUAUUGUUUCAACAAUUUUUGCACUUAUAUGGGAUAUUUUAUAUCCUAUUUGCACUAAUAGCGUAUAUUCAAAUGCCAAUUUUGAUCAACUUUACAAAUCAUUAUUUAUUUAUAAUGAUGAAUAUUUUUUCGAAAAAUCUAACGAAAUUAAGAAUAAAUAUUUAGAUAUAACGCAAAGAUCACUUUAUGAUAGAUUAAAAUUCUCAACAAAUACAUAUGAUGCCAAUGUUUUAUACAGAGAUGACCCAGUAGAUGAAAUCAUAUUAGAUGACAAUGGUCAAAUAAUUAAACAAAAUGCAACCAUCUUCAUGCUAACUAGGAAUUGGGAACUUCCGGGCGUGCUGCAUUCUAUGAGAUCUUUAGAAGAUAGGUUUAAUAAAAAUUAUCACUAUGAUUGGGUAUUUCUAAAUGAUGUCCCAUUCGAUACUCAAUUCAUUGAGUCAACGACUGCAAUGGCGAGUGGUGACGUUUACCACGGUGUAAUUCCGACUGAGCAUUGGGAUUAUCCAGAAGGAAAUGAUAAAACAUCGUUAAAUAUAUCGUUGAGUAUCAUGGAAGAACAAGGUAUGGUUUACGGUGGUUCAUUAUCUUACAGGAAUAUGUGCCGUUUCAAUUCUGGAUUUUUCUUUAGACAUGAAUUAUUACAGAAAUACGAUUAUUAUUUUAGAGUUGAACCCGAUGUUGAAUAUUUCUGUGAUUUUCCAUAUGAUCCUUUCAAAGUAAUGCAUGAUAAAGACUAUAAAUAUGGUUUUGUGAUAUCGACAUAUGAAUAUGAAGAGACAAUACCGUCACUAUGGGAAGCAGUUGAAGAAUAUAUUGAAGUAUACCAAGAUGAAUUUGGUAUAGAUAACAAUAAGAACAUGUAUGAUUUCAUCACCAAUAAAGAUACUAGUAGAUCAUGGGGAGUUAGUGUGGUAAGUUCCUCAGAUUAUAAUCUAUGUCAUUUCUGGUCGAACUUUGAAAUUGGUAACUUAAACUUCUUUAGAAGUGAAGCAUAUUUAAAAUAUUUUGAAUUACUUGAUUCUAAGAUGGGAUUUUACUCCGAAAGAUGGGGAGACGCGCCUGUACAUACAAUAGCAGCAUCUAUAUUAUUGAAUAAAGAAGAAAUUAUUCAUUUUGAUGAAAUUGGUUACCAACAUUUACCUUUUAAAACUUGUCCAGUUUCUUAUUAUUUACGUAUUAAACAAAAAUGCCAGUGUGAUUUUGACGAUAAACUGAACAUCGAUAUUCAACCUAACAGUUGUCUGCCGAAAUACUGGAUUCACGGAAAUGGAAAAACAUUUGUUAAAGAGUAA